GAGGGAGGAAAAGAGGAAGGCUCUUAGAUAAGAAAGUGAGACAGAAGAGGAUGAAAGAAGAGACGGAGGAAGAGAAGCAGCAGCAGCAGUUGAUCUGAUCUCUCUUAGGUGUGUCAUGGAUUUGUGGAGCAGUAUUGCAGUAGUAAAUGAACUGCUCUGGAAUUCUGUACCUGGUCCAGUGGAAUAAUCAGGAAUCUUCAGGGGAAUAGUCUGGAAUUGCAGGGCUGGAGCUGUCAGCGUGAUCUCAUGAUGCCUUCUGUGUCCCUAAGUAUGCCACCGGCGUUGGCUGGACGCACUCGGACAUGGGUCUGCCUUUCCUGCAUGUUCUGGCCGGAGGAUUUUGAGGCUGUUCACUCCCACACAUUUCGGGUGAAGACGUUUAAGAAGAACAAGCACUGUGGUGUGUGUAAGCAGACGCUCAGCAAAGAGGGACUCAUCUGCAGAGUGUGCCGGUUGGCUUGCCACAAGAAAUGUGAAGUUAAGGUUUCAUCCUCCUGUGUUCCCACUGCUAACUAUGAACUGGCUCCCAGCAACGACAUCCCAUUAAAACAUGUAGAAACGAUGGGAUCGACAAAAUCUUCCAAAAGCAUGGAGUCACGCCGUAGACCGUCCAGCCGGAGCGUGAGUCUGAUCCAGGCGAUGGAGGAGAACUAUGAGGUAGACCUGGUGUACAUCACAGAGAGGAUCAUAUCUGUGUCUUUUCCAAGCAGCGUUGAGGAACAGAGCUACAGUGCCAACCUUAAAGAAGUGGCCAGCAUGCUCCGCUCCAAACACGGAGACAACUACUUGCUCUUCAACCUGAGUGAAAAACGAUAUGAUAUCUCCCAACUGCACCCCAAAGUGCUGGACUUUGGCUGGCCCGAUCAUCAUGCUCCAGCUUUGGAUAAGAUCUGCAGCAUAUGUAAAGCCAUGGACACAUGGAUGAGCGCUGACAGCCAUAACGUUGUGGUUCUGCACAAUAAGGGAAAUCGUGGGAGAACCGGGGUCGUUGUGGCUGCAUAUAUGCAUUAUAGCAACAUUUCGGCAAGUGCGGACCAGGCUCUGGACAGGUUUGCUAUGAAGAGGUUUUAUGAAGAUAAAGUACUUCCUGUGGGCCAACCUUCCCAGAAAAGGUAUGUGCAGUAUUUCAGUGGGCUGCUCUCUGGCCACAUUAAGAUCAACAACAAGCCUCUGUUCCUUCAUCAUGUCAUCAUGCAUGGCAUUCCCAACUUCGAGUCUAAAGGAGGGUGCCGCCCUUUCCUCAAGAUCUACCAGGCCAUGCAACCAGUCUACACAUCAGGAAUCUAUAAUGUGCAAGGAGACAGUCAAACAAGCAUCUGCAUAACUAUUGAACCUGGUUUGCUGUUGAAGGGAGACAUUUUGCUCAAGUGUUAUCACAAGCGCUUCCGCAGCCCGUCCAGAGACGUGAUUUUCAGAGUGCAGUUUCAUACCUGUGCCGUUCAUGACCUAGGCCUUGUCUUUGGCAAGGAUGAGCUGGACGAAACUUUUAAAGAUGACAGAUUUCCUGAAUAUGGAAAAGUAGAGUUCGUCUUUUCGUUUGGGCCAGAGAAAAUCCAAGGAAUGGGCCACCUGGAGAACGGACCCAGUGUGUCCGUCGACUACAAUACCCAGGAUCCUCUCAUCCGCUGGGAUUCCUAUGAAAACUUUAAUCAGCGCUAUGAAGAUUCGAUGGAAGACGUUAUUCAUAUGCAAGGUCCUCUGGAUGGUAGCCUCUACGCUAAAGUCCGUAAAAAAGAUUCACUGGAUGCUACAGCUAACGGCCUUCCCACAGCAGUUGAGCCCACUGUUGAACACACUCCUGCCCCAGUGGAUCACGCUCUGUCUGUUAGCAGUGAUUCUGGAAACUCCACUGCCUCCAUUAAGACUGAUCGCACUGAUGAACCUGCUCAGCAGGCAGUGCCAGUAAUCCAGCAGCCCAAUCAACCCCUCAGUCCUGAGGAGAAGCAAGAGCUGGAUCAACUGCUCAGUGGCUUGGAGGCGCCCAUGCACCAGCCAAGUUACCAAAAUAGUCACGGGGGAGGAGGUGGAGGAGGAGGUGGUAUCCUCCACCUUGUUCCAGCACAGGUUCAUGUCAAUGGACACAACAGCAUAGAUAGGGAAACGGACAUCCUGGAUGAUGACCUGCCCAACAGCCAAGAAGGCAACAGUGUGGACAGCUUAGGUACUCUGUCCUCGCUUGAGGGACGAGCCACCCCAGCUGACUUGUACUAUCAAUCUGAGACAGUGAUCAAUGGGCAGGGCAUGCCCUACUUGGAGGGAAGCAGGCAUGGAAAGGACACAGAACCUGCAGCGCUACAUUACGGCUCUCUGUCCUCCACCCAGGAGAGUCUGGGCAACUCUGAGCUACCAUCCAGUGGUUACGCCAGCCACAAUGGAGGCAUCUGUCGCUCACAGUCAUUUGGAGCCACUCCCAGUGCGGAACAGAAGCUCAUGCCCAAAGCUCCAGCACGUACCACCAGUAGCAGAGAUGCUGUUCAGCGUGGGCUAAAUGUCUGGCAGCAGUUUGGUGUUACAGAGGAACCAGUUGUAGAUGGGGUACACUUCAGCCCUGCACUCCAGAGCCACAGUCUGCCUGAUUUCCCUAAAGCUCCUUCACAGAAUGAGAUUGAACAAUCAAUCGAGGCUCUCAACCUGCUCAUGCUGGACUUGGAUCCGGCUCAUAUGCAAGUUCCCAAGUCUUACAGUGCCCCUUCUGGUGAUGGCACUGUCAUCACAACCCAGCCAUCCUUCUCCCAGACGCAGGCUCGGCCUUCCUAUCAGGCUGAUACCGCCAUACAUUCAAGGAUUGAAUAUCCGCAGCCCCAGCAAUAUAUCUCCCCUGUCCAAAAGACUCCAUCUACAUCGCAGUCCCAACUCACAGAACCAUCCUAUCCUCAGAGUCCUCAGAGGUCAGCAGUUCCAUGCCACUCCUCAGUUCCAGAUGUGACUGGUCUGAUCCCCUCUUCUGGACCCUCUCCUACAGUUAGUAGUCUGGAUCUGAAGCCCAUUAACGCUUAUCCCCCCAGCACAGUCUCUCAGUUUGCUGAUUCUCCAGAGGAUAGCUCACACAGUGCCCCCUUCAGGGGCUACUCAGCUUCUUCCCCACCGCCAGGAGAGGCUGACCCUGAGAACACAAAUCACCACCUGGAAGGGCUGGUGGCUCACCGUGUGGCAGGGGUUCAAUCACAUGCGGCACCAACGGAGGAAGGCUCUGGACCAAGACGACAACGGACUACCAGUGAAGGACAGUCUCGUGAUGAAAGCCCUACCCGAGUCCGCUCCCCAAUUCGCUGCAUUUCACCAGAGCUGGCUAAUACCAUUGCUUUAAACCCAGGGGGACGGCCUAAGGAGGGACAAAUGCACAGUUACAGGGAGGCUUUUGAAGAGACUGAUGGGGGCCCAGCGAGCCCUCCAGCAUUUGUGGGCGGUGAGGUCCUACCCCAAACCCCUGCAUUCCCUGUCUCGCCACAAACCCCUUACUUCAACCUGUGUCGUUCUCCUCCAGGUUUGGCUAAAACACCACUGUCCUUCCUGGGUCUGAAGCCACACAACCCUUCUGAGAUCCAACUCAACCAGACAGGCUCAGAGCCCCGGAGCUAUGUGGCGUCUGUUGCUCGUUCAGCAGCAGUGGCUGGGGGGCAACCAUCCAGUCCUGUGUCUCCUACUUUUGAGAGUAACAGCUUGGCCAGAGGAGCUUCUCAUCCGUUUAACCCCCCACUUUCCUCCAGCAGCCCUGUGCAACGAGCAGAGGGAGAGCAUGUAAUGAAUGAUAGCAGAAUGGGCCUUAGCACACCAUCUGAUGGAGUGGGAGACUCUGGUUUCCGCUCUUUGCCCUCUCAGAGCACUUCACAAACACCAACUCCUAUUACCUAUCCUUCUUACUAUCAGCCAGAAGCAGCUGGCAGCCCAGUGCUUCCAAGGCAUGGCAUGGUUUCACAGGCGACACAAAGUAGCCCGCUGCUGAGUAGACAGAUGCCCAUUGGCCAGGGCACGCAGAGCAGUCCCGUGCUGAACAGGCAAGGUUUCCAAACUGUGUACCAGCCAUCUCUUGCCCAGCCCAUGAUUCAGCCUACCCCAAGCAGUCCAGUGAUGCCCAGACAGAUGCCUGUAAGCCAGGGCACACAGAGCAGCCCCACUCUGAGUACACAAGGUCUUCAAAGCCCCUCGCUUGGCUAUCAGCCAUCCCUUACCCAAUCUGUCAUCCAGCCCAGUCAGGUUAGUCCAGUGUUAAGUAGGCAGACAUCACUCACCCACACGGGACAGAGCAGCCCCAUCCUGGGACGCCACCCCUCUGUCACUCAGGUGUCUCAUACAAGCCCCAGCCUGGACAGGCACCCAAUGCACAGUGGGUACACCACGCCAGAUGAGAGACAUGGUGCCCUGUCACGCCAGAGCAGCUCAUCAGGCUAUCAUCCACCCUCCACCCCAUCCUUCCCUGUCUCUCCUGCUUCCUUCUCUGAUGGCUUUCAGCAGCCUCAACUGCCUGAGAAAAGGCGCAUGUCGAGUGGCGAGCGCCCGAAUGGUGUACUCUCCUACGGCACCCUUAACGGAAAAGUUUCAUCACCCAUGUCCAGUGGAGGGAGUACUCCAAGUUCUCACUUCUUUCAUACACUUCCAGAUUUCUCCAAACUCAAUAUGUGUGAUGGAAGCCCGGAGACCAGGAUGAAUGUAAAGUUUGUCCAAGACACUUCCAAGUUUUGGUAUAAACCAGACAUCUCCAGAGAGCAAGCUAUUAAUAUCCUGAAAGAGCGUGAGCCAGGAGCCUUCAUCAUUCGAGACAGCCACUCCUUCAGGGGUGCUUAUGGUCUGGCCAUGAAGGUGGCCUCCCCACCUCCUACAGUGCAGCCACCUAAAAAAGGUGACAUCACAAAUGAGUUGGUUCGCCACUUCCUGAUUGAGACAAGUCCAAAGGGCGUGAAGCUGAAGGGAUGCCCCAAUGAGCCCUACUUUGGCUGCCUCUCUGCAUUAGUGUAUCAGCACUCCAUUACUCCACUGGCUCUGCCUUGCAAAUUGGUCAUACCCACAAAAGACCCCAAUGAGGAGAUAACAGAGGUUGCCACUCCAGUAAACCCAGCUACAGAAUUGCUCAAACAGGGUGCAGGGCAGAAGAGUCCUGUUGAAUCCCAUGCUUGCAACGUUCUGUACAUAAAUUCAGUGGAUAUGGAGUCUUUGACCGGCCCACAGGCCAUCGCCAAGGCGAUCUCAGAGACCAUGGCAUCCAACCCUGCACCCGCUGCCACGGUGGUCCACUUUAAGGUGUCAUCACAAGGCAUCACCUUAACAGACAACCAGAGAAAACUUUUCUUCCGACGUCACUACCCCAUCAACACAGUCACGUUCUGUGACCUUGAUCCCCAAGAGAGGAAGUGGAGUAAACCAGAAGGUGGCACUGCCAAAUUUUUCGGUUUCGUGGCCAGGAAGCAGGGAAGCACAACAGACAACGUCAGUCAUCUGUUCGCUGAGUUGGAUCCCGACCAACCGGCCACCGCCAUCGUCAAUUUUGUCUCCAAAGUGAUGAUUGGCUCUCAAAAGCGAUGAGCUACUCUGGGAAAUUCUGCUUCCCCCCCACCCCCCACCCCCCAGAGGACUGAUUUCCCCUGCGGUUUCAUUCUGAUGUAUUCAAAUCUUUCACUGUGUGUGUGUGUGUGUGUGUGUGUGUGUGUGUGUGGUAACGAUUGGGUAAAUAUUAAAGUGUAGGUCCAGGUGUUAGUGUGAGCUUGCAUGUGUGCGUGCGCGUGUGUAUCGGAAGGUGUGAACCGAUGGAUUUGGGAGUUGAGCUCAGAUGGGGACAGAGGAAGUGCAGUGAUAAGGAGGAGGAGGAGGAGGAGUCGUGUGGUGAGGAAGAGAAGAGGUGUGGAAUUCAUCUCUGUGCAGGGUUAACUUUAGAAAGGAGGGAUGGAUGUCUAAAAGUUGUGGGUUUUUAUAAUAAAAAGGGAAAAAGGGAAAAAAAAAGGUUGAUGAGACUGAUAUCAGGCUUUUGAAUUACCAUACCAAAGAUGAGACUGCUGUCAAGAUAUACAUGGACUUUUUGUUUGUAAAAUAAGACUGCUUGUUCAGAGGAUUAUAGGUUCCUGUCUAUACAUAAAUAUCGAUAUUCUUUUGCUUUCUGUGAAAAUGACAUCCGUAUUCUCUGGUUAGAAAUCCGAAAUAUGGCGCAUGUUAUCUCUUAUGUCCGGGCUGCACUGGCUCAUAUGGAGCAUGUUGGAUUAAGAAAGGCUUACCAUAUACAUAAAAGAACAAACAAGCAAACAAACAAACAAAAAAACGUGGGCCAGAUUCCACUUUUUCCUCGUAAUUUUUUCUCUGUUACCCAUAAAGGUUUCUUCUUUCAGCCUUCAGCAGUGUAGAACAUUCAAAGAUUAUACAUCAGUCUUGUCACCUUGGUUGGUCUGACGAUGUUGUGCUCACCAGUAUCCUCGCUGUUUCUUUCUUGUUCUCUCUUGCUCUUUCUUUCUCUCUGUCUGCGCUCUCUUCCUUUGUCUUCUGAUCACACAUUUCCAGAGAGCGAUCAGUUUUCUCAUUGCUAUACCCACUUCCAAGCAGUCAGUGUAGUGCUUCUGGGACAGAUUUGGAUUUAUUAGUGCCUAAAGUAUCCAUAGGCCUUUCUUAAAACACACACACACACACACACACACACACACACACCUUCACAUAGACAUCACACCCCAAAGUAAGCUAAAUGUAUCUUUAAAAAAAAAAACAGUAUGUCUAAAAAUGACUUAAAUGAAUAUUUAUUAUUUUGCUACAUGAUCUAUGUUAACUCAUAUACUUGCAUAUAUUGUAUAGUCUACACAAAGAUUACAAAAAAAAAGAAAGAAUGAAAACAAAACAAAAAAAACUAUUUUGGCUAAGAUAUCAAAAUCAGGCGGUUUUGAGACGUCUUUAGUUAUGAAUGAUGUAAAGUGUAUGUAUUGAAAACCUAUUGCGUUUUGAAUUUUUUUUUUUCUUUUUUCACUGCCUUGAUUUAUUUUGAGCUUUUAUUUAGGAGCUGACACUGUUUUUGUAGAGGGGAAAAGGAUGUACACGUUUUUUUGCAAAAAGCUGAGAUCCUACGCUUUUACCCACGCUUCACGUAUAAAAAGAAAUGUACACAAAGUGCAAGUGUUUUCCAUCAUAUAUAUAUAGAGAGAGAGUUCACUUGCUCUGCUAACACAUCAUCCCAUUAAAAUGUAUUCGUUUUCCCUAUCCUUCGCACACUAUCCGAAAAAGAAAAAAAAAAAAACUGAGCAAAAAAUGUUGUCCUUUUUGGGAAAAUAUCCACAGUGCCAUCAUGAGGCGUAGUCAGGUGUUGCGUCUUUUCUCGUUUCCUCACAUUUCAGAGCCUCCUAAUUAUUUGGGGAAUUACUGCAGUGUUUUAACUGUAAUUUAAGAAGAAGAAGAAGAAGAAAAAAACAAAUUAGGUCAAACGGGUGUUUUCGUGUUUCUUAUGCCAACUUUACCAUUAAAAUCCCAUCAUUUCCAUCAUUACAGGGGUGUUUAAAGCAAAAAAGUAAUAACUACAAUCUGUUUCUUUGAGUGUGUAAAUAUUUUAUUUUGCCAAAGAUUUUAUCUCACUUUUGUAUGCAUUUUGCGUUUGAGUAUUGAUCACGCUCCAGUUGACUGAUGAGCCGAAGUGUGGCUCAUUGUUUUAGGUGAGGAGGAGCUUCCACUCAGUGCAGAGACUGGCUUUAGCAUGAAAAUGCAUUCGGCUCAGGCCACAUUUCUUUAGCCUUAAGGAACUACUCCAAUAACAAGAAUAAUGCAAAGCACUUAACAUUCACGAGCUGGCAAAAGAGCACCAAGAAAACUAUUAAAUGUGUUGUAGAGAUCUUUGAAAGUCUUCCUUCAGCAUUCAAGCAGUAUGAAUAGUAAAGUGCACAUUAUAAAACACAUGCUUGUAUGCAUUGCUUGUCUUAUUACGAAUUUCACUUGACCAGUAGGCUUAGAACUGUUUACUUACUAUUUAUUGUGUAGAUGACAAUAUGUUUCAAAAUUUCGAUCGUAAUGCCCUUUAAAGAAAUGAAUAAAUAAAUGAGUAAAUAAAAGAAAAAAACAAAAGAUCCCUCACCCAUAUUUCUGUAUUAAAGUCAACAAUGUUGCUUAACUUCAUGUGCUCAGCUAUUAUAGCUCUUGGCAUAGAAUGUGUGAAUGUGCUACUAUUGCUGUACAGACCCAUGUGUUAUUUGCAUUAUAUUGUAUGGCUUAAUUGUUUUUGCAAGACAAAAAAAAAAAAACCUAUUAAAAAGCAACCAAACUCAGCUACAUUAAAGUACACUGUUACUUGGAA